CUUCGCCCUUUCCCCCGCUCCUCACAGCGCCGCUCCCCAACGCGCGACGAGCUUCGCCUGGAGUUACAAACGCUGAAUGUCAUUAAACUGAAUUAAACGAAGCGAAAUGAAUUUAAAUUAAAUUAAAGCCGGCUCUCUUCCCGCCGCCGCGCGGGCGCCUCUCCUCGCGAGAGGUUGCCCCCGGCAACGCCGCGGCCAUGGCGGAGGAGGAGGAGGAGGCAGCGGUCUCUGAGGCGGCGGUCUCUGAGGCGGCGUUCAGCCUGCAGAACUUUACCAUAACAGAUGACUCUAAAGAUGAUUAUCAGUAUGAGGAGGUUUCAGCAGAUGAUGACUUCAGUCUUCAUGAAGAUUAUGAGGAUCUGUCCAAAGCUUUGCAGACUAUUGAAGAGCAGACUGAAGAUGCCCAAAUUUUAGCUUUGCAGUCGGUUCUGACUUCUGAGAAAUCGGUAUCAGAAAUACCUCAAGCCUUGGAUGACUACUUCUGCAAUUUCCUGGUCAGAUUGGGAAUGUCUAGAACCCUUGACUGCUUCCAGACUGAAUGGUAUGAACUCAUUGAGAGAGGUGUGCUCAGAGUUGAGGAUGCUGGGCUGGUUCCAGACGUGUACACCCGCAACCAGCAACUAGAGAUUGAGAUUCUGAGCUUGAAGAAAGAUCUGGAAAACUGCAAGCACUCUGUCACUAAAACAGAAGAGGCUCUCCUAAAAAUGCAGAAAGAACGAGACUUCCAUCGAAUGCAUCAUAAGCGAGUGGUCCAGGAGAAAAACAGGCUGAUUAGUGACAUGAAAAGGCUGAAGGCACAUUAUGCAUCCUAUGAACCAGUGCUGAAGGAGCUGUCAGAAAAAUACCAGAAUUCACUGACACAGAAAAUGUUAACCAGUUUGGAGAGAGACAAAGCAAUGGGGCAGGUUACAGGUUUGCAGACUGCAUUAGAAAAUUUAGAGUCCGGAUAUACUAAGCAGAUCCCUGGGACAAAAGUAGGCCAUGAUUGUACAAGGAAGAAAGAGUUUGAAGGUCCCACCCAGAAAGCUCUUCGGGAAGCCAGGCAGCAAAAAUUCCGUGUUGUUGCAAGCUCUUCCUGUGAUCCAGACGGAGAUGGAGAGAAGAUGGGCAGGAGAGAUCUAAAGGAUUCAGAGUUCCCUGUUGAUCCUGAAGGGACCCCAUCCUUUGAGGGUGCUAAAGAACACGCUCCACCCCAGAAAUCUGGGCAGUAUCAACUGAGCAGCGUUUUGAAGGUGCACGACUUUGCAGUGAGCUGCUUGGCUCUACACCCCCGAAAACGCAUCGUGCUCUCGUGCGGCGAUGACCGCCUCUGGAAGACAUGGGGCUUCCCCGAUGGGAACAUCCUGCUGACAGGGGAAGGUCACACGGAUUGGCUCUCAGGCUGCUGCUUCAGGCCCAGUGGCACCCAGCUGGUGACAUCGAGCGGUGACACCACGGUGCGGAUCUGGGACCUGUCGAGGCGCGGCUGCAUCCUGACGCUGCGCGGCCACUCCCGCGCCGUGCGGGGCUGCUCCUGGCACUCCUGCGGGGACUUCGUGGCCUCUGCCUCCAUGGAUGGCACCAGCAAAAUCUGGGAUGUUAACAGUGAGAGGUGCAGAUACACCCUGCGUGGCCAUGAGGACUCAGUCAACAGCAUCGAGUUCCUGCCCUUCUCCAGCACCGCUCUCACCAGCUCUGCUGACAAGACCUUGUCUCUCUGGGACGUCAGAACGAUGAGGUGGCGUCAUGGCAUUGGAACCAGAAAUGACUCUGUGGAGAACUGUCCCUUUUGGCAUCCUGAGAGCCCCGAGAGUCCCUCACUCAGCAGCAAAGAAUCCACUGCUAAUUGCAUGCUGAAAUUUCUGUGAGGCGAUGGAAAGACAUCUGUCUCCAUCACUGGUCCCAUCUGGAAUUCCCCAUCAAGGAGACAGUGUUCCAGUCAGAGGUGUGCCUUGCUGUGUCACUGCAGUUGACAGCCAGGUUUUCUUGCACCGUGACAUUUGCCAGGCUCUUCAGCUGAGGACAGCCUUCUCCCCUGAGUACCCCAGAUUGCUCAUGGAAUUUCCCCUGUGUGUUUUCUCCUCCUGUAUAUACUGGCAUCUCCUUUAUUUUCUUGAAACAAUUAGACAUACCUCAAAGACACACAUUUAUCAAGGCAGUCAGCAUGCAAUUACUCAUCUCUGCCAUAAAUCCCAGUGUCCCAAACUAUCCCAUGGCAAAUCUGUCUGAGAGUGCACUAAUCCCCUCCCAAAUGUUAUGUUUGGAUGGUUUGUGUCCUGCUUUCCUGGCAGGCUGAGGUCUCUUUUCAGAAGAGCAGUCCCAAAGCCCCUCUUGAUUGCGGGGUAAUUUCAGACCUAGAGCAGAAAAAGCAUCUUCAGCAGCAGCACCGCUGUCUCUCAGGUUCAGAUUUCUGGCAAUGGUUGGCUGUGGCGCUACUAAAAUUAAUUGUUUCUGGACUCAAAGUGUCCUGGCACCAACACAGCCGGGAUGUGGAGCUGCCAAAAAGGUACCACCAGUUGGUCUCCUGGGAACUGGCUGUUCCCGCUCUGCUCAGCGUGGUUUUCAGAACAGAAAGAAUUUACCGGUAAAGACUGGUUUUACAGUUUAUUUAGCUUCUCAUUUUCUCUAAAAAUAAAUGCGUGAUUAUGGCAUUCCUGUUUUCACUCUUCUGUGGCUCAAGCCCAGCUUCUCUG